AUGGAACAAUCUACUAACAAUGCUGAAGGUCGUGGGCUUGCUAGGCGUGGUCGUAUGCGUUCACGUGGCGCAAGAGGAGUGCGAACGCGUGGUGGGCAAAGAGGUGGUGGUCGUCUCCCUGGCAGACCUUCGGUGUCUGAACCAGUGUUCUCUGGUAUGCUGGAGAACCUGCCAGAGGGCCAAGCGUUAGAAAGGCCAAUCCGACCUAAAAGGAUGAGGGUUCUACCCGCGACGGUGACCAUAAACCCAUGUUCAGAAACUUUGUGGUCGUCCUUGGAGAUGAUCACCCCAUCAACCUCUCGCGGACAAAAUCCGGUGCCCAUGCCUGCUGCACCCCUUUCUCAGCAUUACUGA